AUGGCCAAGGCCUGUAAGUCAGCAACGUUCUUAGUAUGACAAAUGUCGGUGUUCCGGGGCUAAAACUCUCUUGGUAAAAUAAUGCAUGACGGAUUCAGUUUUCUUCGGCUCAAUAACUCGUAUGAAGCUAAAUAAAAACGAACAGUAUUCCAGACUAGGUAUUAUGUACAUUUAAUAAAGGCACAUUCUAAUAUCGCUGGUUUUAAAGUUUCGGUGGAUAAAUCCGGUCGUUCUACGUGCUUUGGAGACUAUCAGGGCGCGGUGGUCCGACAGAUCAAGACUCUUGGUGUAUGAUGCACCCAGAUCCUUAAUAGCUUCAGGCACAUUUGUUUAGAGCACUUCGUUUACCUAUGUUUUUGGACCUAAGUAUUCUACGUACUGUUUCUAAUAGGGUCAUCAAAGUUAAUGUCUAAAUCUCUUAAAUAUACCAAGUUGCAUUUAUUUAGCAGAUUCUAUGUGCACUGAAGUCGCCCCUGAGAACAACAAACUGAAAAAAAGGUCUUGUGCAUUUUCUACAGCAAGCAAGAAUCAGUGUCGGGAUCCGUCCUCUACAAUUGGUAGGCAUCCAAGUCCUCGAGUUACUGUGGCCCUCUGCCUUUACAGUUCGUUCAGGCUCGUUAAAAGCCACAGAAAUAUAUGCAAUCGCCCAUAACAUAAUUAUAUGAAGAAUCUCCAAAGCGUCGUCCAAAAGCACGAAAUGUUGUGUGGAAGCGCUCGCGAACGUCAGAACAGCUUUACUAUAGACCGAGUCAAGUGCAAGUCACGGCUGGGUCCACUUUUCGUCCACUUGAGCCCACUUUUCGUCGCUUGCUUGAGCUUGAGUAGUUACAGCAAAAGCCCUUUCACGGCAUAGCCAAUAAUCUGGCGUAUGCACUGGACAAAAGAAAACUCCACAUAUUCCGACAAAUUUAAAGGUGCUUCCUUCUUUUUGAUAGAAUGCAAAUUUCUUGUAUCCGAUUCUAGUUGUAUCUUUAAGUCUUUACACGUGUGUUCAGUCGGUUUUGUUUCAAGCCUUUACGGUUCAUGUACAUUUUUUCUGCUUAGAUAGGCUUUUAACUUUAUCUAUUCGAUGCUUUCAAGUUUGGCUUUUGGUAGUUUUGAUCGGAUCAACUCAGAGAAAUGGCACACAAUUUAGGUGUCCAGGCCUUGCGGUCCACCCUUUGCACUGCGCCCCACCACAACUAUACGACCUUUUUUAAAAGAAGCUUAAGUACCCUAUAGGGCCACCUGAUAUAAGAUGCCAAAGAUCUUUAAGCCCCGUAUUGGAAACUUAGCAUCACAAAAAACUGCGUUAGUACAUUUUCCCUAAUAUUUUUUUAGAAAAAACGACGAAAACUCCGAAAAAAGUACCACGGCAGUUUCAGUUUUGCCCACAGCACAAAAUGAAGUCAAGAGUCCUGCCAAGCCACCCCUGCAGGCCGACGAAGUUAAACCUAGUGAAAAGUUGUUUCUUCCAUUUAUAUAUAAAUUUUAGGAGUGGUUUAAGUGAGGAUAAUCAGAUACCAGCCGAGGAACCCAUGUAAGUCUCUUCCUUCACCUGACUAGUUGAAGAGCCAAUGUCGAUAUAGACGACACUAUCUCGGAGGUUUCCAUAACGUAUCAGUCGGACCCACUCUGUCCCAUUGAGUUAUUUGAAACGAAACGGGUAUGAAUGUUAGUUAUCUCUUUUCAGCCGUUUGAUUUUCACAGCAGCCUUUUCUUUUCUGAUUUUUAUUGUCUAUCUUUCCCUGAUAGCGACAGUGAGUUGUUGUUCAUGUGCCUUAUACACCAUUUGUGCAAAGGUCUGUCCCACAAUUCAGUUAUCUUUUCCUUUACAGUUCUUAAGAACUGUUAUAGCACGUUUAGAUGAAAAGCAAGAUGUGCGUAAACCAUGCAAGCAUUCAGAUAGUGAAUUACCUGUUGUCUGACAUCUCCGCUUGAAGAUUCGAACAGUCAGGAUGAUGGUGGUAGUGGUGGUGGUUUUAUUCGUAAUAAAAUUUGAAAAAGAGACUAUCCAGAUGGACACUACUAUCCAAUACAUGCCAUCUUUGAGGGGCUUUCCAGCCAUGGUAAGGCACAUUACAAUUUCGUCAAACGCAACAAUUCCUUCCAUCCAACCGUACUUCCUAAAACGGUGAGGUUUAAUUUUCACCUUAAUCGGUAUUUGAAAACCCGCACUUUUUCUACAAAUUUAAGCAAAAGAGUAUCUCUGCCACAUACACCACGCCAACACAAUGCGGGACCUAAUGAGUUAGUGUCGUGGAGUUUGUUUUCUCGACUGACAUGUAAAGUAAAUCUCUGUGUGGAAUAGCUGGUGGUAUGCGUAAUUUUUACCAGCUUUAUUGUCCGAUAAGUAUUCGUCGUCAUUACCAGUGCUCUUUAGUUUAUACGCCCCUUAUCCGUUAGGAAUCAGUUUUGAUCGGCAUUUCUUUCAUUCUUUGGCACAAUAGCUAAUUACUUCUUAGUGGAAUUUGCUUCGUCUGGCGUACCAUUGCUAAUUUUCAGAAAAUGAAUUGAUACUGGUGGAAGUAAUAUUUAAAGAGGAAUUGAAUCUGCAGCCGGUAGCGUGCAAAUAACUUAUUGAUUUCACACAACAGAUUGUCUGAAAAUUCAUAGAAUACCGCCGAAACAAAUUUUGCAUUCAUCGAGUCUUUAUUUUUGCAUCUCGAACUACACCAAACCAUCCAGUUUACUGUUGGGAACUAGAAAAAGGUAUAAGUAGGUAAUUUUUUUACUGCAACCAAAUGCUUAACUUGUAUUUCACGUGAAUAUUUUUGCGUCAAAGUCUAGUCUCUUGUUGGGUUAACGGUAUGUGCCAAGUCUCCACGCAUAUUAACUUUCUCCUUGCUCUCUCCCUCCCCCACCCCCAUCUGUUCUAUUCGAAACUGUACACAAACCUGUUGGUGUAUCCUGGAGAUUGAUUUUUGCAAUAUUCAGCCUAUGUUGCAGUAUCCCCCGAAUAACAAGCCUAUCGGCGUGAAACUCAUUAAGAGCAUUCCUCUUCGGAAAAGUGCUGGAAAAUAAUGUCCCGGGUGUUCAAAAAUCGUCAAUUUUGCUAGUUUAUAGAAUGAAUUUAGCAUAUUUAACCUGUACGUGAUCGCUUGCGAUCGAAUUAGGCAUUUUGAGAUUCUAAUGCAAUCGCAGAGCUCGAAAUAUUUCAUUAUCGAAUUGUCGAUAAAAGACUUUUGUGAAGCACGCCGAAGCGUGAUUUUUCUUUACGUUGCUGUUGUAAGAACGCCGCAUUCUCGUAGCCUCGGACGCUGGCCUUCUUCACGAGCCCGAAUAUUUGGACUGAUACACGUACUGUCACAGUGUCCAGCGCAUCCAUUUUCUUCACAACCUUGGACUCUCAUAUUCGCUUCCAUCCGUGACACCUCACUUAGCCCUCUAGAACCAAGGCCGUACAAAAAAGCGUCAUAGGUGUUGGAUAUGUCAAAUGCAGGGUAGAUUGACGGAUAUUUUCCUGACAGCUAUACAAGUUACCGUUCAGUUCAGUUAUUGCAUAAGACGAGUGAAUUCCGUAACGCGGUCGAUGCGGGCCCUCUUUGUUGUUAGCAUUCCUGACAAAGAGCCCCUGACUCAGUAGUUAGGGUGUUGGACUUCUAACCAACAGAUCGCGAGUUCAAGCCCCGGGCAUUGCAUUUCUCGGAGUUGGGUAUCGUUGGCUAAUGACGACCAACCAUACCGAAAUGGUCACUCGUAUUUUCCUUGUCUUCUUCGGUUAUGCUAUUCUUACUUCACGCGCCGUUAUACGGCUGCUGACAGGGCUCAAGAGAGAGAGUUUCAAGACAAAAACGGAUCAAGUGAGUUCCUUGACGCGAUCGGCGCGCCUCCUCUACCGUAGUCUUGAUCAUCUGUUUUUAGCGCUUGGUCUGGUACUCACGACGACCGACUGAGCCUUCCUCAAAAUUCGUAAAUUUUACUAAGGGACACUGUCAACUCAUGCGGACAAAAUUUCAAACGGGCGUUGAAGAGAGCAAAUACUUCGCUGUCCAAAUUGCCUCGGUAUAUACCCUGUCAACUGGAAAAAGGACUAGUCGAUGACACAAUCAAAGUUGCCAUCGCAGCCACGGUGGCCAACUAAAGCUACACAGACGCAGUUAAGUCAGACUAGGAGACCGCUAAGCCUUAUGACAUUCGGUGUUAGUUAUUAGAACAUCAAUCGGGCAGCCAUCGCUGAGAACGCGGCCAACCAUUGUAGGGCAUAUGCAGCUGUUAUUCGUGAUGUGGUGACUUUUGAAGACAGCAAAUCCAACAGAGGUACAAACCAAGCGAGUUAGCGCGGCACGCCUUUCGCGGCUCUUUACCUCUGAAAAAGACGACAUGUACGAGGAGAAUAACAUGCCUUCUGUGCCACUAAGUGGAUCAAGCGGAGUAAUCUAGCCGAUCGAAGAAACAGGGGUCUUCUUAAACUUACUUAAAACGCCGUUGGACACAACAUUAAAUCGCAUUGACUGCCGAUUUCCCUGCUCAUUCAAUUUAUCUCCUUCCACCCCACCCAGUCCGCACUUAAUUUUCAGAUAAUAUUUUACUUUCUGUAGGGCGGUAGCCUCACUUUAAAAGUUUUGGUAUUUGGCUCCCAGCUGACCAUCAUAAUGUUCAUGGCCGUGAAGUUUUCCCAACGCUUCCUACAACAAUCAGACGGGAUAGGCACGUAAACGCUAGACUGUCGGGUGGGCGUGGUACGAGGAGGUAUCUGUGAUAGAGUUGUGCUUCGGGUUACACAGCAUGGGACGAUAGUCGGUCACGUGGAGGGAUUGGAGGGGGAGGAAAAGGCGUGAGGUUGUUUCCAUUAGCCAGUGGGGAGUGAGUCACUUAGUCUAGCUUCUUUUUGGCUUUCACCUUCUCCUCCAUCCCAGCGCCCCCUCUCCGAAUGACGUAGGGGACUGACUUUAAAUGUCAUUCUUGGCCAUCAAGUUUUUUGCCGGAUGCGUCGUGAUCGAGCUUCUUCACAGGAUAUUUUCUGUUCUCAGCAGUAUUUUUAGCAGCCAAUUAGAUCGCCAACUGCUUUUGCGUGCGUUCUAUGUGCUUGCAUGCACAAUCGCAUUUUACAGACAGACCUCUUUCAUCAGCCUAAUUUGAAUGAUCGUUGUGGAACUUAGUAGUGACUAAUUGUCAGCGGUGUAUUUAAGUCAGUUUAAGUCAGUUUAUUAAGGGAAUGAGGCUUUCGCCCUUGAGCUCCCUAUUCAUAUCGAUAAACAGAAAUAAAGUCAUCAAUUACAUCAGCAAAUGCGAAAAGUUUAAAAGUUAGCGGUAAGUGUGAGCCAGGCGCAAACUGCCGCCGCUAAAAAAAUCAUUAUUAUAUGUACAGUAGGUUCUCGUUGUUCGUUCGAUCUUGCAUCGGAACCGUCACUUGUCGAUAUUUGAUACAUUGCCGCUGUUGUUAGGAAGAUUAAUCCACAGGUCUUUAUGGAACCGUCAUUUACAUCUGAUUUUCCUAUCCAAGAUAGCUAUAUUUAUCGGUCAAUUUCUCAGGAUACCCUCCCUUCCCUUAAAGAUAUGACCUUUUUAUCUAUCGUCUGUGUGAAGCAAAUCACAGUAGCUUAGUUUAGCAGGCAUAACAUUAGUUGCUUUUUAAAUCUCUGAAUUAGAAGAAAGCUCGUGAAAUGCCUGUUCUGUCUGUUCCAAGUGGCCCUCCAAUAAAAUGACACCUGAAUGGAGUCAUCUUGUCACCUACGUCCAACAACGUCCGGCAAAGACAUUUUUUCACCUUCCUCAUGCUCGAUCAUAAAUGUGGUGUUUGCCUGUAUGUGCCUUGUGUCUCCGGCUGCUGACUGCAACGAACGUUUCCUGCGCUUAUCUUCCAUGGAAUUGGGGUAAUUUUCGCUCAAGGCCUGACAUGGAGACCGACCGUCGUAGUCUACUGUCCACUGCCACACCGUCCGUCUGUGUCCAUUUAGUAAGAAUUUUAAGUUCUUCCUAGACAUAUUUAAUAGCUCGCUCAACCCUAAUGGCUUCAAACAGGUUCCGAGUGCGUGAUCACCUAAUUUCUUAGUUUUGGUUUCUGGUUUUGAUCCGUUGGACUGCGCACAAAUGAACAGCAAGACUGCAUGGGAUGGGUUCCCUUCGUUGGGACGAAUUCCCCAGUGAUAAAGUUGGUCGUAACGGCACUCCUAGUUUAUGAAGAAGGAGACACGAUCGUUGGGACAAGAUUUUUAUGAGCCUGACGUUUCGGAUUCCUGUCCGAAUCCAUCAUCAGAGACAAAAAACAGAUACGGGUGGUUCAUGCACAAGGGGCUGCAGUAUUUAUAGGAUGCAGUCGCCACGCUACCCCAUGCCUAUGAAUAUUCACGGUUCCCCCCUUCAUCGGGGAUCGUUGCACGUGGUGUGAUGGCUGUUUGAGGGUCGACACUCGCGUCGUUAAUUGCUGCAAUCUCAUCACGUGCGUUGGAUGUUGGUGUGAUGAUUGCUCGACCAUCUGACGCACCGACCCUGGCGUUGGGAAAAGUAUUCACCUGUGCGCUUCCCGCGUGGCUAUUUACUCCGCCUAGGCUAAUUCUCAGCACUGAGUAUGGAAGGGGAAUGUCAUUGCACUUGUUAAUGGACUGGGGACCAGUAAACCAUGACUCAAGCAGCUCUCGGCUCACGCUGUUGUCACCUUUUGCGAGAAUUUCGGCCUCGUCGAAUUUGAAUGUGUGGCCGGAUCUCGUCGAAUGAGCCGCAACUUGAGAACUGGCGUCAUUUCCCCUCACCGCCGCAGCAUGCUUGGUCAUUCGCGGUCGGAGUUGUCAUUCGGUUUCUCCGACGUAGUUGCUUCGUCUGCAACUGCACCAGAUCCGAUAAACGACUCCAGACGUUUCUUGCCGUGGCAGCGGGUCUUUUGGUUUUAUAGUUUUUAUAUUUUAUAUAUUUUCGAUAGCUCAUACCAUCUCCCAGUAUGUGAGCCUACGGCCAUAAGUUAUAUGACCUCUCUCUCUCUCCUUCUGACCUAUUACUCAACCUUCGAGUAACGAUUUCACAAUCUUCCCGACGAAUUCUUCGAACGUUCUUUCUUUUCCUGUGGGGUGGAUUAGUAAGUAAAUUUGCUUUUUUCCCCGCCAACUUCAUCAUAUUCGAAGUUAUUUCGGAAAAAAGUAUAUCGAAGUCAUACCUUCCCCCCUUUGCAUCUAAUCUUGCACUGUCCUCCUUGCCAGAUUUUACACGCAUAUUUUGACUUUCGCAGCAGAAGUGACGACAAGUCAUCCUCUUUUUUCACUAGCCAAGCAUUCCAAAACCGAGGCGGAAGCGAUUGGAUUUGGAGGACCCUCCGCCACCCAUUGACCAGCCAUUGAAUCGUUCAACCGUCACCAUGCGUUCCCUCCUAAACUGGGUGCCCACUAACAAGCCUCCGCCCAAGUGAGCCCUCCUCUCUCUCCCUCUCUCACAAUCUGCUGUUUUUCCUCCUACAGGAUGUGUUAAAAGGUGAAAACCAGUCUUGGCUGGUUAGGCGCCUGAUGCUGCAUCCAAGAAACUCGGACUGGUGUUGUGACCAGGCUGUGAGAGUAAGUGCUCUGUGCGCUACAACCACCUGGUCGAAUCCCAGUGUUGAAAGGGACAGAAGACAGAAGGCACCAGAAUGAGGGGUUUAUUGUGCACAGAACCCGGAGUUGUCCUCUCAGGCGGCAGUGGCCACUGGUGAAGCCAGGGCUGGUGUUGAUUGCGUCCAGUCAGGCCUGAGAGUCCCUGAUAUAGUGGUGGCAGCCGCUUUUGUAGGCUCGUGGGUCAAGCUCAAGUGGUGUCCAGUCAGCUUGUGUUGCAUUUGCCGAGGGGUGGUGUCCCAGUGGCUUGUUUUGUUGGUUGCAGGGGGUGGCGCGUUCAAGUGGCCGCAUGGGCAGCUGCGGCUGUGCGGACGCAGUUAUGCCCGAGCUGUUGGUCGUGUGAAUUCAGGUCCACGCAUCUGGAACGCCUCACUGCAAAGGCGUGAAUGACCUCGAGGCAGCGAAGUCUUGAACAAUGACGCCAGACCGGUCAUGAUGGCCGGGCACUACAAAGAUGCCAACCAGACCGUGCUAUGCACCCGCUUCCUCACCCGCCUCCUGUCCUAUUGAUACUCUCUUGACACCGGCUACAGGUGAGAAGUUAGGAGGGGAGAGAGUACCACUAUAAACUAACUCAUGGAUGACCUAAGGUCUCAUCUAGUUCCCCAGCUGCAGCGGGUAAUGAUACUUAUUCCGUAUUUUAUUAACGAUUCUGCAAAUGUGUACUCACGUAACAACGCCAUCCACCGUCCAUUUUCGCCCCGUCGCAGGCAGCUCUGCGGGAAGUUUGUCAAAUUAAUUGCCAGCUUAUAUUUCUCCAACUCGAGAGGAUGAAGGAGGCGGUGGUGGGGGUGGGUGGACUCAGGUCAACUAUCUUAAAGCGUGUGCUAUGCCAGUAUCAGCGCACCAUGGCCCUCGCAGCCCGGUAUGCGGUGGCAGUGCCCUGACGCCUGGUUCUCCGCCGGUAGAUGCGCUUGCGCUCCCGCUGGGUGCACAAGUAGUGGGCAUGGCUGCCCAGUCAUCGUCCUCGUCCUCCUGACUCCUGUUGGGGUGUUGUUGUUGUUAUUAUUGUUGUUGUUGUGGUGGUGGUGGUGGUGGUGGUGGUGGUGGUGGUGGUGAAAAAUCCUGGUCAGAUGUGCAUUGUCGACCAGGGAGUGUGGUGGCACGCCAAGGUGCGGGUCCGGCUGCGCCAGCCACCUACUCCUUCAGCCUUCUUGACUCCGUCUUGACACUGGGUCUAGGUAGGAAGUGAGGAAGAGGGGGCGCGGUCGGUGCUGCGCAAGUCUACUGUCACUAGACUAAUUUCACGCACAAGUCACCGUGCCUGUUUCACCUUGCUGUGUAGCACACGGUGGACAUCGUCGGAAUUGACGGUCGAACUGUCGUGUGUCGGGUGGACUCAUGUCGUAACUCACGUCUCACCUGUACUGACUGCCUCGUGACGUCCAGACGCCGAAGGGGUCUCUUCGACCAUAUGCCUAUCAAGAAAAAUCUUCCGUGUAAAGAAACGGCCUGUGCCCUCUUACAAACACCCCUAGGCCACGCAUGAUCCUGCUAGCUCACAGAUGCAUACGUCUACUGUCUGCAGUACAUCACACAACACCCCUGCAGAACGCAUGCGAUUCAGUUUGCUAAUGCCUGUAUGAUGGGCAAAACGCGUGAAAAGCGAGUCAUUUGAUGUGACGUGGUGCACGAAGAGUCGGGACCGGGUCGUGUCUGUGGCGAGUGUAGUCAGAUAAGGCGUCCAAUCCAAAUCCCAGCGAGCCUAGCCCGAACGAACCUUUGGUGUAUGGGAGAAGGAAGAGAGGAUGAGGCCGACACUGAGAAAUUCAUCCCCUCGAUAAAUCACUGCACCCCUCGCUAUACCUAGUCUAUCAUGCUACGUUUAGCGCCCUGACUUGGAAGGUCGCCAACUAACGGUGUGACUCGGUAGUUCGGGUCGCAAGGGCCCCUUAUUGUGGCCUUCAGGAUAUUCUUGCCUUUGUGAGACCCGAGGCUCCUCACCAAAUGCAGCCUGGACGUGUGUGGCGCGCGUAGAUUGGCUGUUUGACAUCGGUCAGCUAUUGCACUCACACCCACCUUCUGUCGAUUUAACCUUACGAGAGAUAUCAGAGCACUGCGGGUGUGCGGUGAGGGAGUUAGGCGUUUGCUGCGAAAGUUUACUUCGCCGUAAACGGAUCCACUGCUUUUCUCAUCUCGUGGGCAGCGGUUGAUCUCGUUAUCCACGCUAUGCAAAAAACUCAUUUGCUGAUGUCGGCUCGCCUUGGGUGCGAAAGUAAGCUAGACGGCCGCGCCACUCUGCCUCUUAUCCGAGUUGCACAAAGUCCGCCUACCUUUGGAAACUGGGCCGCAUCACGCCGUCGACCUUGGUUUUUUUGCGAAAUCGCUGAUUUUUUUCCUCCCCCCUCCCUCCCCCAUUGAUAGUGUCGUCGCAUUCUCAAUGCGACGCUUGUUGUCUGAUAGCUUGUAUAUGUAGGCUUUGGUUCUUUUUCAAGCGGUUUCCCUCCUUACCCACCAGAAUUCGAGACCUAAAGCCGGCCAGUCCUCCUGCACCCUUGGAGGAACCAGAGCCGGACAGCAAGUCCCCGAUGUUGCCAACUGUCGACGACACCGCUGGACUCGACUCAAAGGACCUGAAGGGCGUGACGCUGGAUCCGUUCGCGCCGCAGGUGCGUCUGGACGCUGACGGCAACAUAGUGCUUGACGAGACCAGUCUGGAGGUCCAGCGUCCUGAUCCCUUAGAAGGUCAAGUGAGACGUCACGUGGCGGAGGAGACGGGUAUUUACUUCACCAGUUAUUCGAGUUUCCGACGUCCCAGGGCCGGUCGUGGUCGUCGAUGGAACAGUCAGGAGAACACUCGUUUCUACCGCGCCCUCAGUACCAUCGGUACGGAUUUCUACUGCAUGACCAAACUCUUUCCCAACAGGACAAGGAGUCAACUGCUGGUAACGUCUCUGCUUACCCUGACCUUCUCUUACACUGUUCAGUAGCCGGCGUAAAUCACCUCUACAAAAAAAAUCAACUCACCACCUAUCGAACUUACUAGGCGGACACAAAUGUGUGCUUUUAGCAUGUUCGACACGGGCAUCUUGCUUGUCAAGGUUUGCACAAUAAAACUAAAACAUGUCUACUAUCAACAAUUGAGUACGCAAUUACAUAGAAUAGAAUAAGUUCAUCGUAGCACCCUUCGGGCGCUGUUACUCACAGUAGAAUAUGCUGCCUACUUUUUUACAUUUCCCAUCCCGGCGCAGUCCACGCGAUACCUGCGCUGGACCAACACAAGGAAUAGAUCGGAGUUCGGCAGACACCAUUGGGAAUACGCACCCAUAACAAAUGUCAACAUUGGGGUAUGGUGGUAGGCCCAGUUUCCGGUUCACUGCGAUCCAACUGGGAUCCGCGACAUGCAUCAAUCGGCAUAUCGGCACGUGCAAAAUCGCUAAGGGAAAAUUCCAGCUGACGCAACCAAUCCCGGAGAAGUUACAAAGUGUGAUUAAUACGCAUUGACACAGACGUUGACCAAUUAUAGACUCCUUUGUUGGACUCAGUUAAAGAUUUAAUUGUUUUUGGACACCCGUAGUCUGACGACGAGCCGGAGGACCGGCCUCGAACAUUUGCACAAUAAAAUUUACAGUUUCCCGAAGAAUUUCAUCUUCCCAAUUAUAUUUCUUGGGAUGCACAUUUUCCUCGCAGAAGUCACGAUGCAGAAAUUAGAGGCCAUCGCUUUACCAUUAGUUGACCACAAAUUAGGGGUACUUUGCGUUGAUGACACGUUUGUCAUCGUUAAAAGUGAUCAACAGGAAAUACUCCACAACCUUAUUAACUCAACACUUCCAGGAAUCACAUUCACACUCGAGAAAGAGGCUGACAACAAACUCCCGUUUCUUGAUGUCCUCGUAGAGAGAAAGCCUGACGGGACAUUUCACACUUCGGUUUACCGCAGGGAAAUCUACGAGGGAAUUAGUUUACAUUACGAGAGCAAUCACCCGAUCUCUCACACACGGAGUGCCGUGAACAGCCGCCUUAAACGAGCAAAAACUCCUCGUUUUGACAACGAAACCUAUCAAACAGAACUGAGUUAUGUGUUCAAACUGUUUUCCCAGAAUGGGUAUCUUAGAUAUUUUGUACACCGACGCAUAAGACGACAGGAGUUUAAAAUAAAGGACAAGGAACUAGCUUGUUCCGAUCAGGCACGUAAACCCAAGAACUGGCAAACACUUCCGUACAUUAAGAAUGUGCCCGAACUAAUAAAGACACCUGAGGAAGCACCAAAUACACGUGACGCACAAAGUGACGACUACACUUCGUAACCAACAUGUACACCCUAAGGAUACGGUCGGCUAUUUAAGUAAGAAAGAACUGGUCUAAAGUAUACCGUGCGACAUCUGUAAUGCGGUUUACUGUGGUCAACCUGGAAAAUCGGCCUCUAGACGAAUACACGAACAUCGACUGGCCGUAAAAAGGCGAGACCACUUGUUUCAGGUUGCCAUGCUGGAAACUGGACACAAACCUGCCCGGAAAAAGAUUCGCAUUACAGGUGUCUACCCACCUAGGAAAGGCCGCGAAUUUUUAGAGAGCAUUCAUUCUGAUAACUUAUGCAUCAACCGACACAUAAAAUUGGAUUCUGUGUACAACAGGCUCAAGGAAAAGUGGAAAAGGCAUUGGCCAAUCAGAACAGGACAAAUCGAUUUUUGGCAUGUUUAAAUGUUAACUGUUUCGCACACUUACUUAACGUCCUAGGACGACUUGGGGAACCAAAGUCGAUAACCACGUAAUGCCCAUUCUACAAACAAGUAGUACUACGAGUAGUAUGAAAUCCAUAUGGUAAAGGCAUUAUAUCGUACUCCCGACAUGGACACUUGCUAAAAGCCCAGACAUGUGUUUCGCCGAUUUUCUGCCGCUGCGCGCCACAGCUGCGAGGGGUUUGGAUCUUCAGUAGGACCCCCGGCGUUCUCUGUGCGGUUUCUGGUAAAUGAACUCCAGAGAAUAAUCAAGUGAUUAAUUUCCCAAAUUACUCAGUGCAGGACUUGGAGUUAGGUCUCCGGGACAUGACUUUUUGGAGUCAGAACCGAAAUUUUAAUGAACAUUCGAGUCGAAGACAAUCAACUACAGUGGACCUCUUUUCAUUGAAAUUUCGGUUCUGACCCUAAAAAGUCAUGUCCCGGAGACCUUACUCCAAGUCCUGCACUGAGUAAUUUCUGAAAUUAUUCAUAUAUAUAUAUAUGUGAUCGUAGGGGGCGCUCACCGAUCGUUCUUACGGAACUCACUCGUUCCGUUGUGCCUUAUGGACUCUCUCUCGAGCCCAACCAGCAGCCGCACAGCGACGCAUGAUAUAGGUAGAAUGAUAUUACCGACAAAGACAAGGGAGACUGGAAUGGCCAUUUCUGGCUUGUUAGCUGUCGUCAGUCAGCCAUGCCAAACCCCGAAGUGCGCUACCCCUGGAGCUCGGUCCCGCGAGCUGUUGGUUAGAAGUCCAAUGCCCUGGCCACAGAUCUACGGGCUCGUCGUCUUGUCGGUUGCGAUCGAGUAUAUUAACUAUUGUAAUCUUAUCACUGCGUCAUAUGAGUGUCACGCGCCUACUCCUUUGAGAAGUUUACACUCCUGCCGUACUGACGACCACCAAUGACUGCGAAACGGAUGUUAGCGUCUGGCUUGUUACUACCUCAACGGUCCUUCUGUUUAACAUAUGUGGUAUUUGUCAUCUGUGACAACGUCCUGCUGGUAGGCGUCCAGAAUGGUCUCAAGCGAGGUUCCAACCAUAGCAAACAAGUGUCACAUGCCUACUCUUCUGACUUAGGUAUUUAUACAAGAAAUUUAAUUUAAAAUAGGUAGGACGAUUUUUUGUUUUCAUUCAGUUUUUCUUCAUUUCUUACAAACGAUUGCGGACUCACCGAUCAAAAUUUUUCCUUCUGUCUCCUUUCAGAAAAAGUACAAACAAGAAGAACGCCUGCAUCCUCAUCUGGUAAACGAAGCCUUAAGUAAGUUUCUUCACCUCUUUCGCCCCCUGGCUGAGCGGAGUGUGUCUCACUCCGUGAAAGUGCGCCAAUUGUCAGACGUUUCGAGCGGCUGGGUCCUCUACCAAGGCCUGUGCUGUGCAGAAAAUCUGACGAAAUUUUAUUUGGUUCUGUCUGAUUUGGCCGAAUAUUUUCCCAGUCUCCGGUUGUUUGUCGGUAUCUGUUUGGUGGAUGGUGUGUAAAGCACAAAAAGUGACUGGAAUAGCGAAGGGAGACGAGGCUGACCAACUCCGAAAGACAUGAAAAAUUUCCUCCUGUUUUUGUGUGAUAACGAUUUUCCGCUCCAGUCCUCCUUUUCUGCGGCUCCGUUUUUUCUAACGAUGGCCGCGACACUGGGGGACGCAAUUGUGUCCGAGCUGAAGUCGGUCGAGUGGCUUCAGGUCAGCUCGUGUGGGACGGCUCGCUGCAAGGGGUGAAUGACCUUGAGGCAGCGAGGUCUUGAACAAUGACACCAGACCGGUCAUGAUGGCUGCCCGCUACAGCUCCCCGCCAGACACAGAAAGAAGUGAUGGUGUCGAUCGUGAGGCAGACGAUGAAAUGUGUGAAAUUGCUCAGUGCAGAUGCGGGUUUGAGAGUGUGUCGAUGAUGACAGGAGUAGCUCGGACCGCGUGCCAGUGGGGAUGCUACGACCUGUACAGAGGUGCAGUUGAGGCAUCAACCAUGGGUGCCGGUGUGGUCUCGUCAAUGUGUGCCGGUGAGUUGGCACGUUGGUAUGAGACGGAAGAACGUUCCGGACACUAGGCGUCCCAGUGAGUUCUGAGUCGGACGAAUGCAUCAGUGAAAUAGGCUCACUGUCAUCCAGACACAAAAUUGAGAUAUAAUGAAUACAGUUUCGAAAGUGUGAAAAUUCAUAGCUGUAUAAACGGUAGUAUGUUGAGUGUAUGAAGGUAACCCACUAAUGAUGGUUUCGUCGGUAAUGGGAGGAAGGAUGUCUCGGACCAGGGAGAGGUGUUCAGAUGGCAACACAUUUGAAGGUCCGAUCUGCACAGUUUGAUUGAGGUUUCAGCUGGGCUUGUAUGGCUGAGCUUUGUAGACAACAUCCAUCUCGAAUCGCGACAGGGUGACGCAAUUGCGUUUUCCUAUCCAUGGGCACGAUGAGUGACAGAGGAAAAACGGCAGGGCGAGGUUGAGUGGGAAUUUUGUAGCAGUUCAGUUCAGCCGCGUCUGGAGAUUGCACGUCGAUCACGUCGGGGUCACCAAUUUGUGGCGGUCAAGGAUUUGGGGUCAACUUAAACCACGCACAAUAAGUUCGUUUCGUCUAAUGGCAGCAGUCAGGGAGCUGUGAGGAAUAGUUUAUUCUGUACACAGGGCAGGUUGCCGUAAGUUUGCUGUUUGCAUGCAACAGAGAUAAGCGUCCGUUCAUGGAGAGCGUCAGUCGCGGUGUGUAGUUUACGGGGGGUUCAUGUCUGUGUCAGUAGGUGGGGGUGACUGGCUGAGUGCUGGUCAUGAGAUUGGACGGAUUAGGGGGACACAUAAUCACUGGGGCUCUCGGGUAUCAAGCCAGGUCGUCAGACGCGCGUGAGGUGAUAAUAGUUUGUGAGGGCAGCCGAAAGUCACUGCAGCUGGACAGGAGGGGCCCCAGUUCUAGCCGGCGGGGUGGUCGUGUGUCAGUGGCCUGUCAAUGAUUGUUGCGGCCAUCGACCGAUAAAGAGGAGCGGGAGAAAGGAAGACUGGAGCGGCUGCUAAGGAAUACUCCCGUCUGAUUGACCUCUUCAUUCCUCUCGGAAUGCCUGUGUGUGACUCCUUCUUCGUUUAUCUGACUAUCGAUUAGUCUUCGUUGUGCUUUCCAACUGAACCAUUUUACCUCCCUGAACAGAGAACAAACGCAACUACGAUGUCACGUGUUUCUACAACUCCAGCGAUGAGGAGCCCUACGAUGAAAUGCUGAAGGACCUGAUUGAGGCCAAGCGAAAGAUCAAAAGACUCGCCAAAGGUAUGUAAUUAUCUGUCGUGCAUCCUCCUCCCUUCUUGGCACGGAAACUCCAUUAAACUCAUUGUAUCAGGAGGCGCUUUCUUUCGCCGAGUCCUAUCUUUCGGCAAAUGACUCUCCUUUAGAACCUACUAAACGCAAAUUUCGCUCUUAGCUCCCCCAUGUUGGAAUCAUUCUGCACAGUCACUUGGGACAUUGACACCGAGAUUUAGAAUCGGUCUUGUUCUGGACCGAACAUUGGAGUAGUCAGUGCUCUGGCUUUCUACUUGGCCCCUUAACUUGUAGCUUAACAAGUUAGAAUAAGUUUUUUUUAGUAAAAAUUAGGAUUAUGCGUUUAUUCCAAGUAAGAAUGAAGGUUAGAGUCACGGCCUCUUCGAAGGAGUAUAUUAAGCUUAAAGCUGAUGCUUCCUCCCUGAGACAGAGGUUUAAGAUUUUGAGUUUGGCUUUCUCGGGAGGCCAUUUACUGGAGGCAGAUUCUAGAACAGAAGCUUAUCUGCUGCGACUCUAUUACCGACUGACCGGCGCCAGAGACAAGGGCGUUGCGCCAUUUUGAGUUUUAUCGUCCCGUUAGUCGCUACUGAUGGAUGGGGAAUCGUGCGCAGGCAAAAAGGGCUCGGGACCUGUCUCACCCUCUUGUACUAAAACUACUUAGCUCCAAAUGCCUACCGUACAUAAUUCUUACGGGAAAUCGAACAUUACCUGCCUUUACAAAGAACCGGCGUGGAAUAAUAAAUAUAACCUAUAAUGUCUACGAAUAAAUAGUAAGUAAACAGUAAUCAUAAAUAUUACGCAACUCGUGGAGUGGGAUUCUGGAAGGAAUCUGAGGUGAAAUCGCGCGCAAGCGAAAAGGACCCAGAACCCGUUUCACCCUAUUCUACCAAAACUACUAAGCCCCAAACGCCUACCUUACUUAAUUCGUACGAGAUAUCGAACACUACCUGCACUGCAAAAUGGGCUUAUAUGUGAAUAGGGGCAUACUGUUGUAUAUGCUAGUUUUCGACUGGCAAGGACAGGAAGACAACAGUUGACCUUUCUAACCUUGCCGACGUCAGGCAGCCAUGCUAUUUCCCGGGGCAGGAUGAUCUGAGAUUUAAAGCCUGGUCCAGUUAAGAUGCGUGUCAUACUAGCUGAUCCUCGUCAGCAUUCAAAGUUAUCUGGUGUCGGCUGUCGUAGAUCUCGCCUCCGGCUUAAAACCCUCGCCGGCUCUCGCAUGGCAAAUCACUUAAUAAUCGACGUUUUGUUUAGUUUUCUGCGUCUUCUGCACUAUUUAGUGCCUCCACCCCUGGAAUCCUACUUUGUACACAUUUCUGUUUACUUCAGAAGGACUUAUUUUUACUCGUCUGUUUUGAGGAACGUUUUUUAUCUUACGCGGUUACUUUAGGGUCAUUUCAUCCCGAAGUCUAAGUCUUUCUCGCCCCAUUAGCCAGUGCAAAACUAGGCGGCAACUUUCUCUCUCCCACUGAGCUGUCGGAAAUCGAUAACUGUGUAUUUUGUUUAUGUGGCUCGCCUUGCAGCAACCACGAUCGGGAGCAGCGCUCUACGCUCAGGAAGUAGUGUUGUGCAAAUCGGUUUCAUUUAACAACUCCUAAUGAGUACUGGCUCUCCUAAAAUCGCACCGUCUUUUAUUUUAAAGGCAAGGCCACAAAACCUGAAAAACCCGAAAAACAUGAAAAGUUGACAUCUGAAGAACGCGCAGCUCGUGUCUCCAACAUCAUAGACGCCGUUUUGGCGGACACCGCUACCAAGACCGGUGUCUCUUUGUCUCCAACUGCUGCCACCGCCGCUGACGCGGCUUCGUCAUCCCGCUCCACCCGAACUGGGACUGAAACCGUCGGUGUCGGGGACGCGUUGUCGCCCCCCGGUCGGACUGCUGACCAGCAAACAAUACUGUCCAGAAUGAUAGAUGACAUCGGCAGUUGUGGCGCCAAAUCGCAGAUGGAAGCUCCAGAAACUACCUACACACAGUACAAAAAUGCUGUCGCUAAUGGCACACCAGCAGUUGCCUCUUCGGUCACCUUUACCAACCCCCUGGAACUAUUUGAUUCGCGGCCCCCAGAUUCCUUCCUGAAUCCCAUUCCAUGA